AUGAGAUACAACGCUCUGGCCUUCAUGGCCCUCGUCAACGGCCUCGCUCAGGCCAACCGUUUCGACUGGCAGAGCGAGUCCAAGGCUGAUGUUGCCAAGCAUGAGCACAAGGACGCUGCCGCCCCUGUCUUUAAGGUGGAGGUGAAUGAGGGUCAAAGUGCUGGCAACAAGGACCAACUUGAGGCUGGAAAAUUAAAGACGGAGGGGGAGAAAGCUGAACAAGCGGCCAAGAAGCUGGAGGAGAAGCUGCAGAAGAAAGAGGAUGAGCUUGAGCUCAAGGCUGCACAGGCUGGAGGAAACCGCCAUCACCACCACAGCCACAGCCACUCCUCAUACUCCCCUGAUCCUACCUACGAUCCUGCCACAAAAACUACUGGAUAUCAUCACCAUCACUCAGGCCACCUCCAAAAGGGCCCCUACACGCUUGAUGGAGAGAAAUACGACUAUAUCCAUAAACCAAAGGUCCACUUCCACACCUCUUACACUACCCAUGCACCUACUCUCAGUCCUGGAUGUGUCGGUGACAAGUGUGUUCGCAAGCCUUGCAAGGAAUGCCACGGCAACUGGGCACAGCCUGGCUGCUGGCACUGCAAGGCCCUUGGAGCCACUGGUGAGGAGGUUGCUGAACAAGUAGCGAAGACCACCAAGCAUGCUCCUAAAGAAACCAAGGCCAAAGAAGAAGAGGAGGAGGAAGAGGAGAAAAAGGAAAAGGAUCCUCACGCAAAGACAUACACGCAUGGAGACAAGACUAUCAUUGUUCUUAAGGAGACCAAGGCCCCUGAAGCUACUCGACCUGUGGCUCCUCAGAUUGAACAGCCUCAUAAAGAGGGCCCUAAGGUCAUCGUCAUCGAGGAACCUAAGAAGAAGCCCGAGGAGGAGAAGAAAUCUGCAGAGGAGAAAGGGGAGAAAGAAAAGUACCCUGAUGAGAAGCCCAAGCAUGAGUACCCCAAGGAGGAGCCAAAGCAUGAGUACCCCAAGGAGGAGCCAAAGCAUGAGCACCCCAAGGAGGAGCCUAAGAAGGAGGACAAGAAGGAGGACAGGAAGGAGGACAUCUGUGACAGGGUCCAUCACCAUGGCCAGCCUAGCAUCUGUGACAGGAUCAAGCAUCAGCACCACAAGGUCGACGAGCCCAAGAAGGAGGACAUCUGUUCGAAGCCUGAGGGUUGCCAUCCCCAUCACGCUCCCGCUCCUGCUCCUCACCACGAAGUGAAGCCAGCUCCAGCUCCUGCUCCCGCCCCUCACCACGAAGUGAAGCCGGCUCCGGCUCCGGCCCCUCAUUACCCCGAGCAGAAACCUGAGGUUCAGCCUGUCCCCAUCCCUGCUCCUGCUCCCCAACAGCCUGAGCAGAAGCCUGGAGAGGGCAAACACUACAAUGCUCCCUCAGUUCCUGUAACAGUGCCCAAGUCCGGAGCCACCUACAACCGCGUCUCUGUUGGUAUCGCCGUCUUUGCAGGUGUUGCCAGCAUGAUGCUUCUGUGA